AUAGCCACCAUGUCUCUUACGCUGAAACUCUCCUCACUUGUCAUUCGGACACUGUCCAAGCCCAUUGCGGUGAGCCACACUGCCCCUCUUUUUUGGGGAGCUCAUGCUGAUCCGUGACUCUGUGACCCCAGAAUCAACUCAAAGCACAGGCCCGUGAGCAUGAACGCUUCCGACGGAUAUGCGUCUCCAUGGCGCAGUCUCUUCACCGCAUGGACAUGCGGUUACGUCUCGGUCUCUUGCGCGAUAGCACCACCGCAGAACGACGAGCAGCUGCUGAAGCCGCAGCCCGGAAACAUAAGCCCACAUCUCCGACCGUGAAAACACAAGCAGAGAGCAAAGCGGAAGAAGAGGCAAUAGCAAAAGCAAAGGCUGCGGCCACAGAAGCAGAAAAACCGGCUCCGAAGCCUCAUAUCCGCCCGCUGUCGGAGUCGAAAGCCAUUGAAUCAGGGGCGUCGUUUAUCAGCGAGUCUUUCCUGUUCAUAGUGGCCGGUGGGUUGAUUGUCUACGAGUCUCUGAGGUCCAGGAGGAAGGAGACUACACGGCGGGAAGAUGUCGAGUCUCGGUUGGUUGAGCUGGAGCAGUCGGAGAAAAAUUCCCGGAGGGCCUUGGUAGCUCUUGAAACAGAGUUGCUACAGCAAAAGGCCAAGAACGAGACUUUAUCGCUGAAGUCGCCAUCUCGGAUUCUGCCGCGUGAGGUGUGGGAGGUUGAACAAAAAGAAGAGGCCGAGGAUGCUAAAGAGGAAGGAUGGCUGUCGCAAAUUGGAUCGUAUAUUUCGUCUCUCUGGGACUCUGUGAGCAAUCCGCAGAGCUCUGCUACGCCAGAGAGUGCAGCGCCAACAUCGAAAAAGGCCUCCGACGCUCGGCCAGAGAGCUCAUCAGCUGGCCAAGCUGAUAAGGAUACCCAGCCCAAGAGUUCUUGAGGGAUUGGAUGGUCCUAUUUCCAUUCACUGAUAGAUAUAGACUUGCCUUUUCUUUGUUAUAUUAUUUGCAUGCUACCAGGAUACCCUACUCUUUUGCAAAGAAACAUACGAAGUGUGGAUGCCGCGUUAUUCGGACCACGCCCGUGUAUGUACUUUAUGUGUAUAUAAAACUCUCCUACUCCAUUGAGAAUAUAACUGCAUCAACGAACA